AGUGCAGCGUAAUUUUAAUCAAAAAGGAGUCAUCUUCGUACUGUUUCACGGCAUAAAAGUUACAGUGAGCUAAUCGGAAAUGAAGCUGCCUUGCAUUAUACCAGGAUGCUCAAGGAUCAGUAGACUAUUCACCUCUAAAUCGAACGACUUCGAAAACGAAGCAUUGGAAGUCCAUAAUGAAUACAGACGAGAGCAUGGCGUUUCGCCUCUGGUGAUCAAUAAAGAAAUCAGUAAAAUUAGUCAGAAAUGGGCUGAGGAACUUGCUAAAAGAGACAGUCUCGCCUACAGUCUGAACCAAAGGUAUGGUGAAAGUGUCUACUGCGGAUGGUCACCUGACCCAAAUACAAAGAUCAAAGCUAGAGACUGCGUAGAUAAAUGGUACAGCGAAAUCAAUGAGUUUUCUUUUGGCAAGGAGCCUGAAGUGUUGAACUGUGGUCAUUUCACACAAAUAAUCUGGAGAUCUACGAGUGAAUUGGGGAUAGGAAGUGCGAAGAGCAAGACUGGAAAGCUUUACGUCGUCGCAAACUACUAUCCACCAGGAAAUUACAGCGGGCUAUUCGUUAAAAAUGUUCUACCCCCUGGGGCUAUGCAGUUCAGCUCUAGCUACAAUAGCUCUCCUAGAGAAUCGAACAACAAUUUGGCUCCUCCUUCGCCAAACAGAAUAUCUCCUAGAGGGUCCUUCACUAGUUCUGCCCCUUCGUCUCCAAGUCAAAGAAGUAGCAAGAACAUAACUGAUCUGGCAUCAGAUUUUGUGAGCAAAUUCAGAUCAACUUCAAUUUCCACAGAGAAAUUCGAAGAAGAUUUCUUAGCCGCUCACAACGACCACAGACAAAACCAUGGCGUCAAGCCUCUUGUACUAAGCAAGAAGUUGUGUAAGUACGCCGAAGAAUGGGCGAAAGCGUUGGCCAAAAAAGGCCAGACUGAACACAGAGAUCAAAACGAAUAUGGCGAAAAUAUAUUUUACGCUUGGUCCACGGAUCCAGCAUUCACCGUUUCUGGGCGUGAUCCUGUCGAUAAGUGGUACAGCGAGAUUAAUAAUCAUAAAUUUGGUCGAGAACCUACGAAUUUAGAUUCUGGACAUUUCUCUCAAGUUAUAUGGGAGGAAACUAAAGAAAUCGGCGUGGGCGUUGCUAAAUCGAAGGAAGGACAGGUUUAUGUUGUAGCAUACUAUUCUCCUCCUGGUAACGUUAUUGGUAGCUUCACAAAAAAUGUCAAACCGCCUAUUAAUUAGUUUCACAUUCCGUAUUCACUGUGCCAAAGAUGUAAUUUUACAUUCCUUUUUAAAUAUCGAUAAGUUAUUUAUAAGAAGUUUAGGUUAAGUUGGCGACAAGAUGCCACUUUGUUUAUGAAACAUAUUUCAUUUUAAUUGUUUUAUUUUAAAUGUCAUUCGCAAAACGAAUUAAAGUAUACUUUAAACA